AUUUUCCACUGUCUCCGGUUAAGAUGUGCCCGGCGGAAUAGGUGCUACAGCAAUGAGAUCUCCUCGCACCACACAAGAUACUGCAGCAGCGGCGGGGGCUUCUCAAGCCUCCGGGGACAUGGCUCCUUCUUCUGUGGUAGGGAAGGCUCAGUCAUCUACAGCCGAGGAGCUUCACCCUGCCAGCCCAUGCCAGCAUCAUCCACUUGCAGAGUUUCAGGGGGGUACAGAUGUGGCGGUGAUGGAUCUGUUGUAAUAACUGGUGACAGCGGGGGGACAUCUGGCUGGGGCAUGGCAGGGGGGACAGUCCCAGUCUACGGCACUGAGGGAGAAAUAGGGUGCAGCAGUGAGGACUCAGGCCAGAACAUCAGCAUCAUCUCAGGGCGUGGUGGAGGAUCCAGCUGCCACAGUGGGAGCCUGGGCACCACUGAGGGUGGAGGCUCUGGAUAUGGAUACGAUGCAUCACCGAGAGAAAAGGCCUUAACAACAGGCUGGGGCAGUGGUGGAUCAGGGUACUGUAGUGGCGGAUCGGGCUAUGGCAUCGGGCAAUCCUCCCAGGCCAUACAGCAGAAAUGUCCUGUGGUCAUUCCCAACAUCAAGAACCACCAGAGCAAACAGACCAGCCACUGGCCUCCCAUCCAGAAGAAGUGA